AUGACUGCAGAGGCGACUCGGCGGAAGUCGAAGCCUCGAGCUCCAGGUGCAGAGAGCAGCGCGCCGCUCUGCCAUGCUCUGCUCGGGGUCGUGUUCUGUACCCGCAGGCGUGCCAGGACGGGCGGCUCGUCGGCGGAGCUGCGCGGACCCUCGUUGGCGUGCUGCCGAAGCCUCUGGGAGCGGGUGGAGCGCUUCAAGGACCAGCUGGAGACUUGGCUGGAGGCCGAGCUGGGGCAGCUGGCGCCGGAAGAAGGCCGCGACGAGGUGGCGGCGGAGGUGUUCGAACUGCUCGGCCUGGAAGGCCAUGCUCUGCUCCGCAUUGCUCCGCUAUGCAUCGCUAUGCCGCUAUGCUCCUUCUGA